AUGAUGGAACAAUUAUCUCUCCGUAAAUUUCUUCUUGCCUCACUUUUUACAUUCAUGAUUAGCAUGGCAUUGGUUACCUUCUUUUUGGAUUCACCAUUGAAUGCUGCUGCUGAACCUGAGAAGAUGAAGCUGAUUAAAAUUAAUACUGAUGAUGAGGGAACAAUGCCAAUGUUUAUCAAGGAAACUUAUGAUAAUAGUACUCCACCUUAUGUUUGUGAUGCUAGUCAAACAAAAUCCAAAAUGGUCAUGUUCUUACUUUCAUUCUUUGUUGGAGGUCUUGCUGUUGAUAGAUUUAUUAUGGGAUAUACUUGCAUUGGAGUUGCCAAGCUUUUAGUUCCAACUUGUGGUAUUUGGCAGCUUGUGGAUUGGAUUUUAAUCUUGACUGGUGGAUUGUACAUGGCCAAUGGUUGUGCUCUCAUUCAAGACAUGUAA